AUGUAUGCUAACCGUUCUCGAGAAUACCCGAGUAUCUCCGCCACCUGGCACCGUUGGGGAGAAGUCUCUCCCGCUCACUUUCUUGGACAUGAUUUGGCUAUCCUACAUCCCAAUCCACCAGGCAACAUAAUUCUGUUUCCUAAUCCAAGUGUUGAGAAAAAACCAGAAAUCCGUCAUGUAGAAGGCGACUCUGUUGCAGUUACCUUUGUCGAGUGUACUCUUGAUUUCAAUCAUCUUACAGGAAAUCAUCCUCGUAAGUGUGACAUGUUUUAUCCGCUUGUACCUCUAUUGGGACGUGCACAACAAGUAUCCGAUUACCUUAUUAUCCCACUUUUUUCUGCGCAAGUUACACUUUUUCCUAACUCCGGCUUCUCUAUUGGAAUCACCAACCACCACUCUCUUUGUGACGCGAGCACAAGGUAUCAUUUCCUCAAGGCAUGGAGCUCGAUUGCUAAACAUGCUAUUAAUAUGGAAUACCAGCCUCCUCACCUUGUUGGCCCUUCAGAUAAAGUUCGUGCCACCAUUGUCUUGACCCAAGCACGCAUCAAUGGGCUAAAGAAAUGGCUAUCCACUCAACUGCCAAAUCUGGAAUACAUAUCAUCUUUUUCGGUGGCAUGUGCUUAUAUGUGGUAUUGCAUAGCCAAAUCACAUGUUAAUAUUGGAGAAAGGAAGGGAGAGGAUGACCUAGAAAGGUUUACUUGUAUGGUGGAUUGGAGAACCCGGUUCGAUCCACCUGUUCCUGAAACUUAUUUUGGUAACUGUGUAGGGGCUUCUUUCACAUCAAAAAUAAAAAGCACCAUCUUAGCAGGCGACAAUGGUUUUGUUACUGCUUUUGAAUUAUUUGGAAAGGCUUUAAGCGAAACACUUAAGAAGAAGAAUGGAGUGAUUGUAGAUGGGGAGACGGUGAUUAAGACAGCCUUUUUGCCAGUGCCGGGGCUUACUGUGUCGGGAUCACCGAAGAUUAAGUUCUACGAUUUGGAUUUUGGAUGGGGUAAGCCAAAAAGACAUGAGACAAUAUCUCUCGAUUACCAUAGUUCGAUUUCUGUUAAUGCUUCAAAAGAGUCGGAUGCUGAUAUUGAAAUUGGGGUGUCCCUUCCUCCAAAACAAAUGGAUGUGUUGCUUUCCAUCUUUAGUGAAGAAUUGGAGCGCACAUUACAGUGA